CUCCCGGCUGGGCACGGAGAGCUGGCUGCACACACACGCACACAACUACACCGACCGACACUAAGUGCGGUCGUUACACCUCCAAACGGUCGUUGGUCGUCGUUCGUGUAGAAGGUGUUUUCCAGUGUUUUGAUGUGUCAUCUGUCAUACAUCUAGACCUUGUGAUCAGAAGGUGAUUACUGAUAAAUUGCAAUCGAUUUUGAAACCCCCGUUCACCUCGGGCUCCGAGACUUCGCUUCGGAUCGGGAGCCUAUAUCGGGAGUCUGUUUUUCGUUCGGAAAUCGGUUUUGACAGUUGUUAUUGAGGCUUUUAUUUGGCUUCUUGUUCUCCCAAGAAGCGUGUUUGAGCGAGUGACUUGUUCUGCGGUGUAUUCCAAACCCAGCCUGGAAAUCUGCAAUCAUGGAUCCUAUGUAUUAUCACUGGUGGAACACUCAUAAUCAACAUAACUCAGGUAACAACUGGUACAUGGAUCCCCACAAGACAGGAGGGGGCAUGAACCAGCAGCCACCACCAGCACACAACAUGCCUGGUCCACCACAGCAUCCAGCUCCACAGCAUCCCCAAACCAUGAAUCAACCCAUGCCUCCACGGCCCAUGCAGACAGGCUACCCCAUGCAGCCACGACCAGCACACACUGGCCCAGGCUCAAUGGCUCCCAAACCCGUCAACUCGGGACACAUGGGCCCUAAGCCUCAGAAUCCCACAGGAAAUAUGCCUCCCAAGCAGCCCAUGGUACCUGCCAAUGUUCAGCAGGUUCAGGCGAAACCUACUGGUCCUGUGCAUCCUUCUGUUCAGCACAAGCCAAACCCACUUGCCACAACAAGUGCUAACAUGCCACAAAUGCCCAAACCCUCUCCUGCUCCUGUGCCUACAGCUGCCACAGCUGCAGCUCCCAAGCCAACGCCACCAUUGAUGCAGCAACAGCAUGCACACCCACAACAACAGCAACAGCAGGCUCCAAAACCAACAAUACCCCCUCAGAACACAGUGGCCCCACCAAAGCCAUCAUUGCCCGCUGGAGUUGACUUGGUGCCCAUAACCAGUCAGCCGAAACCCUCCCAGCCAACUCAGGCCUCCACACCUGCCAGCCAGCCGAAACCUGUACAGCCAGUUUCUCCCACUAAAACUGUACCUGCAGCCGUACCUAUUCCUGCAACAGUUACUGCAACUGUUGCAAAGCCUGCUCAGCCCUCAGUACCUGCUGCAGCCUCACAACCUACAGCACCCACCCCUAAACCUGCAACACAAACGACUUCUACCCCCACAACUCAAGCUGUCCCACUCAGACCCAGUAAUCCCACGCCGUUACCCACACAGAAGCCAAGCCAGCCUCCUCUGCAGGCCAAGCCUACCACUCCAGCAACCCCAACAAAUGCUUCAGCACCUGUGACUUCCCAAGUAAAACCCACACCACCUUCAGCACCUGUGUCCAAACCACAGCCAGCAGAGGUAAACCAACAAAAACCCAAUGAGCUAUCAAAACCUGCUGUUGAAGCAUCAAAGACUCCAUCAACGCCAAGUGUGAAUGGUGUUCCAGUAUCAAAGUCGCUUGUAAAACCAGCAGCAACUCCAUCGCAACCACCAAAGCCAGCUGAAUCUGCACCUACAGAAACAAAAUCAGCCACACCAGCUACUAUUCCCCAAGCCCCAACUACAACUACAACUACGACUUCAGGUCCAGCUCCAGGUCCAACUCCCACAACAACAACUCCAGCUACCACUUCAGCUCUUCCUGCCACACCAGCUGCCUCUGUGGCUGCAACAACUACACCAACAUCAACAACCACGGCAACUGCCUCAUCUACACCAGCUGUUACAACCACAACCAAGCCAGCUGCAUCAACAGCUUCCAACACUCCAGCAGCCUCAGCUGCCACCACAACACCUGCCCAGGUCACACCUGCUGUGACCACACCAAAAGCACCUGCCCAAACAAACAAGCCAAAGGCUGAACCCUUGCCCACACAGCCCAAGAAGGAAACGGUGAAACAGACUCCAAGUGAAAAGCCUGUUGAACCAAAGACUGUCAACCAUGCUGCCCCUGCAGAAGAAGCUGCUGCCGAGACACCGAAGAAGAGAACACCAAGAAAACGAGAGGUUCCUGCUCCAGAAACGCCAGGGGAUGAGCGACGAAGUAAACGAUCUCGGAACCCUGCCAGCCUGUACCAGUCACCAGUUGUAGAUGUAGUAAAUAGAGUUAGAAAGUCAGAACAGACACCCAAAACCCCUCAGGAAAAACUCAUAAUAUUCUUCAGGAAUGAACAUGUAGCUGUGAGGAAUUCAGAGGGAACUUUCUACUUGUGCCAAGUUGCCCAGAAUGUCUUCAAGAACACGCGCAAGAUCAAGAUCCGAUGGCUAUCCCCAGAAGAUCCUGACAAUAAGAAUUGCCAAGUGUAUAAGCCAGAUUAUUAUGACAUCACAGACUUCGAUUGCAUCUUGACCACAGUAGACCUUGAACGUGUGGACCGCAGCACACUGAAGUUAAAACCAGAGGAACAGAGCCGCAUCAACAACAUUCUCCAGCGAGCAAUGGACUUGGAAAAGGGAGUCUUGGGAGAUAAGCCAAAUGUGGAUGAGGAUCACCCUGAUGGUUUGGAUCUCUCACUGUACACUGAUGAAUCUCAGUUGAAGAAGAGGAGGAAGAGGGCAGUGAGUAACAAGAAGAGGAAAGAAGAGUCUUCAUCCGGUGAGAGUGGAGUGGAGUCUGAGGAUGAUGACGAGAGUAAUAAGAGUGACAGAGAAGAAAGUCCCAAGAAGGUAGCACGGACGCCUGCGAGACGUAACCCAAGAGGUGGGGCAAAAACGCCAGCCAAAGGGAAGGCUGCCACUCCUGCAGCAUCAAAAACCAAGACCCCCAGAUCUGGUCGCACUGCCACCCCCAAGACUGCCUCAAAAGCUGCAGCCUCCAAGAGCACCCCUAAGGCGACCCCCAAGUCAGGUCGACGGGCUACUCGCAAGUAACACGAGGUGAAUUCAGAGACGUCGGAGGGAGAGGAAAAAGUGCGACAUGUGCGCAAGAAGAGCGCACUUAAUGACCUGACUACAUGCAUAAGGCUGAUGAUGUUAGAGAAAUAGCAACUCGUCCAAUUUUCGGAUUAAGGAAAUUCAUUAAAGUUGUAUUGUGCGAGCCUUUAUGCAUAUUACUUUCGAAGAAAAAA